GAAAAAUAUUGUUCUAGUUCAAUAGCGAGGCCGCUUCUAAACGCGGUUAUAGAAAAGCAUUUAAAGCAAAUAUAAGUGAUGACGAAAUAGCUGAACAUUUUAAAACCACUGUAAUAAGAAAACUUUCAGACCGUUUUAAAUUACUGUGGACUCCUUCUAGUGUCGUAUUUGCUAGACAAAUAGCGUCUUUCCUCGAUCCAAGGUUCAAAGACUUUGAGCAUGAAACAGUUGAUGCAAGAGAGGAAAUUCGAACACGGGUUAAAAAUUUGAUAAAAGAAAUGGCUGAAUUUAAUUGCGAUGUGCAAAUUGAAAUACCUGUGACUAUACAUCACGGUGCUCUUGAAUAUCUGUUCGGUGAUGAAGUAAACUGUAAUAUAGCUGAUUCUGACAUUCAGUAUCAAAAUUACUUGGCAGAACCACAGUUAAAAUUUGAUUUUGAUGCACUAGAAUGGUGGAAGACACGUACAUCAAAAUAUCCACUAAUUGUUGCUCUGGCAAUGAAAUAUUUAGGGAUACCAGCAACGUCAGUUAGUUCUGAAAGAUGUUUCUCAACCGCUGGAAACAUAGUGACGGCCAAGAGAAGUUGUUUGGCGCCUAAGACUGUAAACAUGCUGAUUUUUCUUUACCAAAACAAACAAUUGUUAUAAAUUCCUAGAUCGUGAGUGAUUACUAUAUUAUUUAUUUGCUAAUUUUUCGCACUAUAUACACCUACUGC